AUGUUAUAUCUUUCGUUCCUAUUACCUUUGGCUCUCGUUAAUGCCAUCGACACUACAUCAUCUAGUGCAUCCUCAUCAUCUGCAGAUGUAUCCUCUGCAUCCUCAGACGCAUCCUCUUCCUCCCCCUCUCCUACUGUCGAUGUACAAGACCUACAACAACAACUAGAAGGUACUUGGUCCUCCAAAUCAAACCAAGUAUUUACAGGCCCUGGCUUCUUUGAUCCUAUAGAUGAACUGCUAAUCGAGCCUUCUUUACCAGGUAUUUCAUAUUCUUUUACAUCUGACGGGUUCUGGGAACAAGCUACUUAUCAAGUUUCAGGAAACCCAAAGAAUCCAAAAUGUCCUGCCGCUGCCUUAGUCUGGCAACAUGGUAAAUACGAUAUACUAGAUAACGGUACAAUGAUCCUAACUCCUUUCAAAGAAGACGGUAGAAUGCUAGUGUCUGAUCCAUGCACUGAUAACGGUACCUCCACUUAUAUGAGAUACAAUUCUUCUAUUACUUUCCAAGCUGUUACAGUCUCCUUGGAUGAUUACCAUGGUAUGUACAAGUUACAAAUAUAUCAAUUUGAUGGAUCUCCUAUGCAACCAUUAUAUUUAGCAUACAGACCUCCUAUGAUGCUACCUACACAAGCUAUAAACUCAGCAUCCUCAUCAAAUUCAACUUCAAAGAGAUCUUUAAGAGAUCUUGUCAAGAGAAAUUUGCAAAAUAAAUAUAAGACAAACGCAUCAAAGACUUCUUCGUUUGUAGACUCAAAUAUCUUCUGGUACAUCUCAACAGGGAUGCUUUGUCUAGGUUCAAUCAUCUUCCUACUUAGCUAA